AAUAUACACACAUUUCAAGAGCUGUUCGCUCUCAGGCAAAUCAUUUAAAUUCUGAGCCUUCAUUUCCUCAGCUUUGCCCUACCUCAGGAUUCUUUGUAGUAACGUACAUGAGGUACCUGGGUACAACACUGGCUUACUGUAGGGGCCCAAGUAUUUAUCACCCUCCAAGCCAGGAAGCAGAGGAGGAAAAGGUGUUCAGUCGAUGGACAGGGCAUCAAGAGCAGGGUUGUAAGGGGAGAGCACAAAAGCCUAAGACCCCAGUGUGCUUGGAUUUCUAAAACUGCUGGCCGUGGCGGCCUGCUCUGUCUUGGACCCAAGCUGAGUUAGGUGGACAGCAGUAGGGGUGACUGACCGAUCAAGGGCCUGCCAAGGCCCACCCCUCCGGGGCUGCCAGAAUGGACCAGCCCUCAGUGACAUCACAAUCCUGAGGGGUUGCCAAGGCACUGCCGGAGGCAGACCCCCUUAUUUCUCCCCAUGGAGCUCUAGGAUGUGGAUGUGAGAAAGGUGAGCGAAGAAGGAAGAUGGCGACAAGGAGCAGCCCUAGCCCCAUGCCCAUGGGCACUGCUCAGGGGGACCCCGGAGAGGCAGGAACACUGCCGGGUCCUGAUGCUGGCAUCCGGGAGAUCGGGUCAGCCUCUCAGCUGAAGAUGAAGCCCAAGAAGGUGCGCAAAAUCAAGGCACUCAUCAUUGACCUGGGCUCUCAGUACUGUAAGUGCGGCUAUGCAGGGGAGCCAAGGCCCACCUACUUCAUCUCCUCCACUGUGGGCAAGCGCUACUCCGAAGCCGCCGAUGCUGGCGACACCCGCAAGGAGACCUAUGUGGGCCACGAGCUGCUCAACACGGAGGCGCCCCUGAAGCUGAUGAACCCGCUAAAAUACGGCAUCGUGGUGGACUGGGACUGCGUACAGAGCAUCUGGGAGUACAUCUUCCACACAGCCAUGAAGAUCCUCCCCGAGGAGCACGCCGUGCUGGUCUCUGACCCCCCGCUCAGCCCCAGCAGCAACCGGGAGAAGUAUGCGGAGCUCAUGUUCGAGACCUUCGGCAUCCCAGCCAUGCAUGUGACGUCCCAGUCGCUGCUGUCCAUCUACUCCUACGGCAAGACCUCGGGCCUGGUGGUGGAGAGCGGGCACGGCGUCUCGCACGUGGUGCCCAUCUCGGAGGGUGACGUGCUGCCGGGCCUGACGGGACGCGCCGACUACGCUGGGAGCGACCUCACCAACUACCUGCUGCAGCUGCUCAACGAGGCCGGCCACAAGUUCACGGACGACCACCUGCACAUCAUCGAGCACAUCAAGAAGAAGUGCUGCUACUCGGCACUCCUGCCUGAGCAGGAGCUCGGCCUGGGCCUGGAGGAGGUGCGUGUGGACUACGAGCUUCCCGACGGCCAGCUCAUCACCAUUGGCCAGGAGCGCUUCCAGUGCGCCGAGAUGCUCUUCAAGCCCACCCUGGUGGGCAGCAACCAGCCUGGCCUCCCUGCGCUCACCGCCGCCUGCCUGGACCGCUGCCAGGAGGCGGGCUUCAAGGAGGAGAUGGCCGCCAGCGUGCUGCUGUGUGGUGGCUGCACCAUGCUGGAUGGCUUCCCCGGGCGCUUCCAGAGGGAGCUGAGCCUCCUCUGCCCUGGGGACAGCCCUGUAGUGGCCGCCGCUCCUGAGAGGAAGACCUCCGUGUGGACCGGCGGUUCCAUCUUGGCCUCCCUACAGGCCUUCCAGCAGCUGUGGGUUAGCAAGGAAGAGUUUGAGGAGCGGGGCAGUGUGGCCAUCUACAGCAAGUGCUGAGUGGCGGCACCCUGCUCGGCGAGGCCUGGUGGGCAGGUGGCCUCCGGCCACUCUCUACACAUUUACAGAAUUUCACAUAAAACUUUAACGUGCA